AUGUUUAUAUUCCACAAGAAAUAUGCCCUUAUAGUCAAUUUACCGGGGCGUCAUCACACCUGCUCUUUGCCUUUCUCUCCUUCAUUUCGAGUGGCUGAUCCGAUUCGAGCCUCCUGUCCGGAUCUGCCUCAUGGGCCUGUAGGUUCGUUUUUUAUCUUUCUGGUUGACCGAUUUCACUCGGUUACAGCACAGUGUACUUUUACUCCAGGUGCUAUUUCUCAAGCUUUCAGUAGCAAGUACAAUAUCGCCUCAUCUGCCGAGCACCUGUGCUCUGAUUGCCAUGGUUGCGGAUAUUAG